AUGGGUGCACCACUACCAGAGAAAUUCGAUGAUUUACCCGACAAGCGCCGGUACUGGCCCGGUGCGCCUGGGUCUGAGGAAGAAGGCCUAGGCAUGCUCCGCCUACUGACACCAGAAGUCGUGGCAGAUGCCGCGCGAACGCAAAUCCAGACCGGCGAGCGAGUAUGUCUGAACUGGGAUAUCGAGAACUUGACUCCACCAGGGUUCGGCCGCAAGCCAUUCGAGCACCGCAUCAAAUGGGUAGCUGAGGGCGUCGCCUUUGACGACGAAUACCACUUCAACCCCCAACAAUCCUCCCAAUGGGACGGACUUCGUCACCACAACGCCCCAGCCCCAACCCCCGAAGACCCCUCCCGCCGCGUCUUCUACGGCGGCACAACAGCCACCGAAAUCAAGGACACCGACUCCCCCCGCAUCGGCAUCGGCUUCUGGGCCAAAAAGGGCAUCGCAGGCCGCGGCGUUCUAAUCGACUACGUCUCCUACGCAAAGAAAAGAGGUAUCCCGCUGAACGCACUCACGCGCCAAACAGUCUCCCUGGACGAGGUGCAGGAGAUCGCUGCCGAGUGCAACAUCACCUUCCAGCGUGGCGAUAUCUUUUUCCUGCGCGUCGGUCUCCCGGAUACAUGGGCUGGGAUGUCGGCUGAGCAGCGGCUGGAAUAUAGUCAGCAGUCUAUGCCGCAGCAUGCGGGUAUUGAGCAGAGUGAGCGGGUGUUGAGGUUUAUGUGGGAUAAUCAUUUUGCGGCGGUGGCGUCGGACGCGGUUAGUUUUGAGGUCUUCCCGGCUGUGAAUGAGGAGUUUGAUUUGCAUCAUCAUCUUUUGGCCGGAUGGGGUGUUCCUAUUGGGGAGAUGUUUGAUUUGGAUGGGCUUGCUGAGACUUGUCGGAGGCUUGGGAGGUGGAGUUUCUUUGUUUCGAGUAGUCCGUUGAAUUGUGCGAGAGGCGUGUCUAGUCCGCCUAACUGUAUGGCUAUCUUUUAG